UGCAAACAAAAGAAAAGCUAAAAAAAAACAAAAAACUGUACAAUGAAAAUUCGGAGCAGCAUAAAUGUGUCCUGUCCUCGAUUCUGUUCUAUCUAUCCCAUUGCUCAUCAUCAUCACUCAAUUUUCCCCUAAUGGAAUUCCUUUGUUCCAUGAAACUACUGCUUACUCUUCUUCUCUCACUACUUUCUCUCAGCUUAGUUCCCCACCUCGCAUUUGCUACAGGCCCUUGUCAUUUUCCGGCCAUAUUCAACUUCGGCGACUCCAAUUCCGACACCGGCGGCCUGUCGGCGGCCUUCGGCCAGGCUCCUCCGCCCAAUGGCGAAUCCUACUUCCACGGCCCGGCUGGGCGGUAUUCCGACGGCCGACUAGUCAUUGAUUUUAUUGCCAAGAGCUUGGGGCUGCCGUACCUCAGUGCAUACCUCGAUGCAUUAGGCUCCAACUUCACUCACGGAGCCAAUUUCGCCACAGCCGGAUCAACCAUCAGACCCCAAAACACAACUCUGCACCAGAGCGGUUUCAGCCCUUUUUCGUUAAACGUACAGUUCUAUCAGUUCAACGACUUCCAACGCAGAUCUCAUCUCAUUCGCAAGCAAGGCAGUGUUUAUGAGGGACUAUUGCCAGAGGCUGAAGUUUUUUCACGCGCAUUGUACACAUUUGAUAUUGGACAAAACGACCUGACAGCCGGUUAUUUCCUCAACAUGACGACCGAUCAAGUCAGAGCAUACGUUCCAGACGUGUUGGAUCAGUUCAAAACUGUUGUUAAGAGUAUAUAUGAACAUGGAGGAAGGUCGUUCUGGAUACACAAUACAGGACCAGUAGGUUGUUUGCCUUACGUAAUGGACCUUCUUCCGGUCACAGCCGCACAAGUCGAUAAGGUUGGUUGUGCAACGCCUUUUAAUGAGGUGGCUAAGUAUUUCAACCUCAGAUUGAAGGAAACUGUUGUCCAGUUGAGGAAAGACCUCUCAUCAGCUGCCUUGACCUAUGUUGAUGUUUAUGCAGUGAAGUAUGAUCUCAUCAGCCAAGCCAAGAAACAUGGUUUUGUGCACCCUCUGCAAGCUUGUUGUGGGCAUGGAGGAAAGUACAACUACAACAAGCAUCUUGGGUGCGGUAGCAAAAUCAAAGUGAAUGGAGAAGAGAUCAUGGUGGGGAAAUCAUGCAAGGAUCCGUCGGUUGUGAUUAAUUGGGAUGGGGUGCAUUACACUCAAGCUGCUAAUAAAUGGGUUUUUGAUCAAAUUGUGAAUGGUGCUUAUUCUGACCCCCCAAUUCCCUUGCAUAUGGCCUGCCACACCCAAUAGCUCUUUCCUCAUUGGGUCGUGGCGUGUUUGCAAAUGCUUAAAAUAAAUGUUUAUUAGCUUAUUGUUGAAAAUAAUACUUUUGAUUUA